AUGAAGUUCUCGCAUAGCAUUCAGUUCAAUGCCGUGCCGGACUGGAGCUCCAAUUACAUUGCGUAUAGCAAUCUCAAGAAAUUGAUCUACACCCUCGAGAAGCAAGUCAAUCGCCCUGAAGGUCAAUCCGGUGCGGAUGUCGAGUCCGCUCCGCUGCUGGGCAGUGCCCAGGUCAACAACCCCGAUGGGAUCUUCAAGCGCGCCUUGGACAUGGAGUUGGACAAGAUCUGUACCUUCUAUCAGCAGAAGCAAGCCGAGAUCUUUCAAAAUACGGAUGAGCUCAUCCAUGAGGCUAUGGCCUACCUAAGAGAGACCGACGGAGUCAAUAUGGACCCAGUCAGCGAGACUGUUAUCAAGGCAAGGACGUUGAGCUCGAGCUCGCGGCGAGGCACUGGAAGCGUCUUCCGCAAUUAUGGAAAUGGCCAGCGCCGCCGUUCAAGCGUGAUCAGUGAGGAUGACGCAGAUAGCGACGAUGAACAUGCGGCCUCGACAGCUCUUGGCCUGCGCCAACGAACCUCUACUGAUGGCGGCUCUACGACCGAUGAACCCCACGCGGGUGAUAUGGCAGAUUCGACGUUCUUUGGCCAGCCAAGCAGUCGCUUCCGUCAAGACUCUGACCUGAGUGACCAGGCGUUCCUAGCGCUGUACAAUUCGGGCGUGUCGCUCAAAGGGCGUCUUGUUGAGUCAUACGUCUCCCUCUGCGGAUUGAGAUCCUUCAUUGAGUUGAACAGGACCGGGUUCUCCAAAGCGCUGAAGAAGUACGACAAGACCUUGUUCCGCAACAUGCGCCGGGACUAUCUGGCCACUGUGGUAUACCCAGCAGUCCCAUUCACUGAUCUCACCAUGGCCGCUGUAGAUAAACACAUUGAAAAUGUCGAGGGCAUGUACGCUGAUAUCGUCACUAAGGGAAACCGUGAGCUUGCUAUCCGCGAGCUGCGUCUACACCUUCGUGAGCAUGUGGUUUGGGAGCGAAACACGGUUUGGCGUGAGAUGAUUGAAAUUGAACGCCGUGCCCAGGCUGCGAACGUUGGUAUCCGUCGAACCCUUCUGGGAGGCGACGAAGACCCAGCUACUGCCCGACGCCAAGGUGACAAGCAGGAGAUUCGUACUCAAGAAUUUUCUACUCCUCUCGGUCGAAUGCAUUUCCCUCUGUGGCUAUGCAGCUUGAGUUUCGGUACUUUGGUGUUCAGUCUUGCUGUAUUUGGCGCCAUGCUCUCGGUGCCAAUCAUGGAAUCCGUCGAGCAGCAGAACUGCUUGGCGAUGCUCGUGCUGGUCAGCAUUCUGUGGGCGACUGAGGCCAUUCCCCUGUUCGUUACUUCUUUGUUGGUCCCGUUCCUGGUUGUCGUCCUGGGUAUCAUGCGAUCAGAUGAUAAACCACACAAGCGAUUGGGUCCAAAAGAGGCCACCAGCAUGGUCUUCGCAUCGAUGUGGACUCCGGUGAUUAUGCUGCUACUCGGCGGCUUCACUAUCGCCGCAGCCCUCUCUAAAUACGACAUUGCUCGACGCAUGGCCAUGUUUGUUCUGAGCAAGGCUGGAUCGAAGCCAAAGAUUGUCCUGCUCACGAACAUGUUUGUGAGCAUGUUCCUGAGCAUGUGGAUCAGUAACGUUGCUUCUCCUGUGCUCUGCUACUCGAUCAUUCAACCGCUGCUCCGCAACCUGUCCCCGGAUUCCGAUUUCGCCAAGGCGCUUGUCCUGGGUAUCGCGUUGGCGGCCAAUGUUGGCGGUGCUGCUUCUCCCAUCGCAUCGCCGCAGAAUAUCAUUGCCUUGCAGAACAUGUACCCUAGCAUCAGCUGGGGAACUUGGUUUUUCAUUUCGUUGCCCGUCUGCAUUAUAUCAAUUUUCCUCAUCUGGGGUCUUUUGCUGGUUACCUUCAACCCCGGCCGCAACGCAACUGUGAUUCCCAUCCGCCCUGUCAAGGACCGCUUCACUGGCAUCCAGUACUUCAUCAGUGCAGUCACUUUGUUCACUAUCGCCCUCUGGUGUGCGAGCCAUCAACUUGAACAUGUGUUUGGUGACAUGGGCGUGAUCGCUAUCAUCCCGCUAGUCCUGUUCUUUGGAACUGGAAUCCUCAACAAGGAGGAUUUCAACAAUUUCCUUUGGACCAUCAUCAUUCUUGCCGCUGGUGGUCUAUGUCUCGGCAAGGCCGUCACCUCUUCUGGCUUGCUGCACACCCUCGCUUCUGGUAUCACCGCCAAGGUCGAGCAUCUCAGCCUUUAUAGUGUGCUGCUUGUCUUCUCGGCAUUAAUUCUCGUCAUGGCUACUUUCAUUUCGCAUACUGUUGCCGCUUUAAUUAUACUCCCUCUCGUUCGUCAGAUUGGUGUUGGCAUGGAGAACCCUCACCCUAAUUUGCUGGUGAUGGCCAGCGCACUAAUGUGUUCCGUUGCGAUGGCCUUGCCCACGAGCGGUUUUCCUAAUAUGACUGCUAUCAUGACCGAAGUCCCGCAGACUGGCCAGCGUUACCUUCAGGUCCGCCACUUCCUCACCCGGGGUAUCCCGUCGAGUCUGAUGGCCUUUGUGGUGAUCGUGACCAUCGGAUAUGGACUCAUGUAUGUUGCGGGUCUGUAA